CAGAGAUUAAUGAUCAAGUGCUUGGACUUCUCUCCUCCAUACCUUUACCUAAGAUUUUAGCAAAGCAGAUGUUUUCCUAAAGUUGCAGAAACUGGUGCCCUGGAACCUAGUACAAAGAGACAGCUGACCCGACGCCAUGAUGACUACAGCGUCUUGUCUCCUUCCAUCUCCAGCUAUCCAACAGGAAGGCAUUUAUAGCCUCUCUCAAAUAACUAACAGCCUUUUUAUCAGUAAUGCUAUAGCUGCUAAUGACAAACUCACCGUGUCCAACAACCACAUCACCACGAUUAUCAAUGCCUCGGUAGAAGUAGUGAACACGUUCUUUGAAGACAUUCAGUAUGUGCAAGUGCCGGUGAGUGAUGCUCCCAAUUCCUACCUCUAUGACUUUUUCGACCCCAUAGCUGAUCGUAUCCACAGUGUGGACAUGAGGAAUGGCCGCACGCUGCUGCACUGCGCUGCAGGAGUGAGUCGCUCAGCAGCGUUCUGCCUUGCCUAUCUCAUGAAAUACCACACCAUGACCCUGCUGGAUGCGCACACAUGGACCAAGUCCUGCCGCCCAACAAUUCGUCCCAACAAUGGCUUUUGGGAGCAACUUAUUCAUUAUGAGUUCAAGCUAUUUAGUAGGAAUACUAUCUACAUGAUCAACUCUCCUGUGGGUCUGAUCCCUAAUAUCUAUGAAACGGAGGUCCACUUAAUGGAGCCAAUGUGAGCCACCCACUUCUCCCCUGACAUCUGCAUUGGCUCCUACAUCAAGAUAAAGGAAUGACUUUGGACUUUCAGUUGGUUACAAAAAAAAAGAGAGAGAGAGAGAAAGAGAGAGCAAGCGAGAAAGAGACUUUGUGGAUGUGAGCAAAGGGGA